CGCCCAGUCUCCCCGUCCAUCAACGAACAUCCGGGUUAAUUGAGCCACGAAAAUCCUCGAGGGACAGAAAGCAAUUGUUGUCAGCGAUUUAUUCAAUUGAUCUUCAUCUACCGCCAUCAUGAGCUUCGUUACCCGCCGCGCGCUUUCCACCCUCAUCCCCCCCAAGGUCGCUUCUCCCAAGGCCAUUGGUGCUGCUCCCGAUGCUCUGCGCAUGCAGCGUGUCGUCAGCUUCUACGAGAAGCUUCCCCGUGGCGCCGCCCCCGAGGUUAAGGCCAAGGGUCUCCUCGGCCGCUACCAGGCCAAGCACUUUGGCAAGAACGCCUCUGCUGCCCCUAUCGUCCACGCUCUUAUCUUCUUGAUCGGCAUUGGUUACGCCCAAAACUACUACUUCCACCUCCGCCACCACAAGAACAACGCCCACUAAAGAUAUGCAUCCCGAGAAUAGAAAGGAAAAGACUUUGGUGAAGGCUGAGGCCUUGUGUAAAUAGAACCCCGACUAGAUGGUGUUGUCAAAGCACGCACCCGACUUCCCUUUGUAACAACUGUCAUCAUUAUUACAAGAGCAUGAAGCCGUCUGUGUGCUGUUUAGGGCCUGUGUGAUUUCUUUGUGAAUUGUGUGUGAUGUAGUGAGCCUGUUUGUAGUGACGAUGUAUAAAAGAAUAGCGUCCAUGGUCCGUUGGAGGCCAACCAGGGUAAAGGACGCAGUGUUUGUUUUAAAUAGUCGAAUUUCUGAAAUAAAACAUAAUAGUGAUCUUCUUUUGAAAUUUAUGAUAUACGUCUAUUUCAUAAUACUGGCACAGCGUAUGUCAUUGCUGUCAUUAUUCUUU